AUGGCCGAAAAAUCCACUUUCCCCAUUCAAUUCCCCCACCUUACCAAAACCACUUACAAAAAUUGGUGCAUUCGUAUGAAAGCUUUGCUUGGAUCCCAAGAUGCUUGGGAUAUUGUCGAAAAAGGCUACGAGAUUCCCGUAGAGGAUUCUCGGUUAUCUCCUACUGAAAAGGAGGUAUUGAGAAAAAAUAGAAAGAGUGAUCAAAAGGCACUCACUCUAAUUCAUGAAUGUCUUGAUGAAUCGAUGUUCGAUCAAAUAGCAGAUGCUACCACAGCAAAGGAAGCAUGGGAGAUUCUGCAAAAGGAAAUGCAAGGAGUGGAUCUGUUUCAGAUUACACCGCCCGUGUGA